AUGAGGGAUGAGCUGGCACCCUGUCCACUGGCUACUACAGCCUGGCAAGCUCCUGUUCCACAAAUCGGCAAGAUACUCUGCAUGUCCCAGACAGCCAGAAAUGUGUCCCAGGACUCGAGGGACCUUGGGGUGCCUACAUCUGUGCUGCGCUGGUUCCUGCUCCCCUCCAGCCUGCUGGCUGCAGCCACAUUUGCCCUGAGCCCCCUGCUGCUGGUGGCCAUCCUAAGGAACCAGCGGCUGCGGCACCAGCCCCACUACCUGCUGCUGGCCAAUAUCCUGCUGUCAGACCUAGUCUAUGUCCUCUUCCACACGUUCAUCUCCUCCAGCAACCUGGGGGGCUGGGAGCUGGGCCGCAUCGUCUGUGGUAUUCUCCGGGAUGGCGUCUUCACGGCCUGCACCAGCACCAUCCUGUCCUUCACAGCCGUUGUACUGCACACCUAUCUGGCUGUCACCCAUCCCCUGCGCUACCUCUCCUUCAUAUCUGGCAGGGCUGCCCGGAAGACAGUGGCUCUCAUCUGGCUGGUGGCCUGUUUCUUUCCCACUUUUCUCCUUUGGCUUGGGAAGCAGCAGGCCACCAAGCUGGAGGUGCAAGGGGCUGUCUGCAUCCUACCACUGGGCCUGGGCACAGAGCAGAGCCAUGGGGCCUUGGUGGCUGCCACUCACACCUGCAUCCUUUGUGUUCUCUUUCUCUGUGCAGUACUUGUCACCUACUGCUUCUGGAGGAUCUAUGCAGAGGCCAGGCCCUCGGGCAGCUGCGUGCAGGGCUGUUCUCGAGCCCGGGGCACCCUGCUGAUCCACAUGGUGCUGAUCACAUUGUACGUAGGCACAGGGGUGCUGUUCUGUAUGGAUGUCAUGCUGAACAAGUACCAUCUCAUCACUACCAGCACGUACGUGUGGCUGCUGGCAGCCAACAGCCACUUGCUCAUGAUGCUUCCCCGAGCCCUGCUGCCAUACCUGUACAUGCUACGCUACCGCCAGCUGCUGGGGGUGGUACGUGGCCACUUCUCACCCCGCAGGCGUGGGGACAUCUACACCAUCUCCCACCACCUGGGAGGCUGA